AUGAUUGGCUCAGAGUUGAUAGCCGUUCCAGCUUGGCGGAAUGUGAAGGCCUUGUUGGAAUAUUUUCAGCUUCUUGAUGUACACCGCAAAAACACCUUGAAUGAUGUGCUGUUCUAUCACUUCCUGCGUUACGUGACCAACUUGAAGUCCAAACAGAUCAGGAUGGUGUUUGACAUGCUGGACUGGAAUGCUGUGGGUGAAAUUGGUUUUGAGGAGUUCUACUUGUUGGUUUGCAUACUGCUGUCACACCAGAAUUAUUUGGAAGAACAAUUUAUGUAUUGCCAUUCCCGUCAUGUUUUUAGACUGCUUGACAUAAACGGAGAGCAGAGAAUCAGUACAAGCAACUUCAAUACGUACAGAUUUCUCUUCAAUAUUAAAAGAGAACAACUCAGAGAGUUCUUCCAUGACUUUAACACCACAGGUGACCGUCAUCUUAAUUACAAGGAAUUUAAGAUAUAUACUAUCUUUGCCAAUGAAAAAUCAAAGGAAAAGCAGAGAAUGGAGAGAGAGAAAGAGGAAAAGAGAAAGAGAUUGAAAUCUCAGCUCAAGGAAUUAAUGUAUCAAGUUGGUGUGAGCCAAAGGUUUUUGAAAAAUAAUGUUGAACAUGAAUAA